UUGAUUAUUGUGUCGUCACUCCUUAAAUUCCUGGAUAGCUGAGCUUGCUUUCCGCCGCCUUUUGCUACUGGUUAGAUCGCGUAUAUCGGUCCGUCGAGGACCUGCAGGGACCUUAUCAUGGCGACGCCGCCUCCUGAGGGGACGACUGUCCUGAAGGAGGACAAGACUCAGCUGCCACCGGCCGUGACUGAUGUCUCUCUGGAUUCCAAGAUUACUGGGUCGCAGGACACUGUUCACGAAAUCAAAGCAGCGGCGCAGGUACAACCGUCAGAUAAACCUGCAGAGGCCGCUGCGGUAACGGCCGACAAGGACAUCCCGCCAGCGGUGAAUGGACACGGCACUGACCAACCUGCUCUUACCAACGGCGCGAGCAAUACCAUCAAGGAUGAGGUCGCCACUCCCUCGUCUCCGAAGUCUCCCGCAUUGAACGGUACAAAGGACUCGAUGGAUGAGUCGGCACCCGCAAAGACAGACACUGAGCCCAAGCCCGCUGAGCCUUCAGAACCGAAGCCUGAACAGGCCUCCACGACUCCAGUCUCUACGCAGGACGCCUCCGCCCCCAGCACGGUUCCUGAGAACGUGCCCUCUGAGAACAAGAUGCAGGACACGGCCGAGGCCAAGCCGGCGUCUGCAGCACCCUCAGACCUGCCUCAUCACCCCUCCCCCUCGAAACCCGCUCCUUCUGCACAGGAAACCUCGGCUCAGCCAUCUGCCGACCAGGAGAUGGUUGAUGCGCCACCGUCACCCACCAAGGUCUCGCGGGAACGUGAAGCCGAUGGCAGCGAAGAGCCUGCUGCCAAGCGUACCAAGACCAAUGGUGAUGCUCCUGGCUUCAAGGUUCCCGAGCUGCCGCCUACGCCUACGCCUGCGACAGAGACGCCAGUGGGACAACCGACUGACGGAACUGACGGACAGUUUGGUAUUACCAAGAUGCAGCACAAGUUCCUUUUGAAGGCUGUCCAGAACCUGAAGCGCUCCCACGACGCGCGAUUCUACAAGGAGCCCGUAGAUCCCAUCAAGCUGAAUAUCCCCAACUACCCGCUCAUCAUCACACGGCCCAUGGACCUCGGGACGAUUGAGCGCAAGCUCAAAAACAACGAAUACGAGACUCCUGAGGCCGUGGCUGAUGAUGUCAGAUUGAUGGCCCAGAAUGCCCUGGUCUUCAACGGGCCUGAUCACAUUGUCGCACAGGAAGGUCAGCGACUGAAGGCGAGCUUCGAGAAGUCUAUGACCAAUCUCCCCAGGGCCAACGAGGUUGAGGAGAAGAAGCCGAAGAAGGCUGCAGUCUCUGUACCAAAGACCCAAGCGGCGCGCCGUGAAUCGCGAGUUGUUGCUGGUCCGACGCCUCCCAAACCCGCUGCCAGUCCGCCCCAGAGUACUACUUUUGCCUUGGGACCUGAAGGCUUGCCGUUGAUCCGUCGUGAUUCUACGAAUGCUGAUGGUCGACCCAAGCGUUCCAUUCACCCUCCCAAGCGCGACCUGCCUUAUACUACCAAGCCAAAAAAGAAGAAGUACCAGUGGGAGCUGAAGUUCUGCCAAGAGGUCUUGGACGAGCUGCACAAGCACAAGUACUACAACAUUGCCGCUCCUUUCUACGUUCCCGUUGAUCCUGUCGCCCUUAAUAUCCCCACCUAUCAUAACAUCAUCAAGAGACCCAUGGAUCUCUCUACCGUGCAGGCUAAGUUGAAGGCUGGACAAUACGAGAAUUCCAAGGAAUUCGAGAUCGAUAUCCGCCAGAUCUUCAAGAAUUGCUUCAAAUUCAAUAUCCCUGGUGAUCCCACCUACAUUGCGGGCCAGAAGCUCCAGGAGGUGUUUGACGCGAAAUGGGCGCAGAAGGCACGCUGGAUCGAAGCGCAUGAGCCUCAUCCUGAGCAUCAGAGUGUCUCUUCCUCGGACGAGGAAAGCGACGAGGACGCAGAAGACAGCGAUGAUGAUGCUGACAGUGAGAAGCUGCAACUGCUUCGCCGCCAAAUCGAGGAAAUGUCGAGGCAGGUGGAAGCGAUCACCCAGAAGAAAAAGAAGACUCCCCCGGCUGCCAAGAAGUCGGGCAAAUCCAAGAGUGGAAAGAAAGACCUCAAGAGAGCCGGUGGCCUUUCCAAGAAGGACAAGAAAGCUUCUGCCAAGAGUUCGAAACCGGAGAAGCAGCGCUUGGUUACCUACCAGGAGAAGCGGAUCAUCUCCAAUGGAAUCAGUAGUCUGCCCGACAAGAAAAUGCAGGAAGCGUUGCGGAUCAUCCAGAACAACGUUCCUUCUCUCAAAGGUACACAGGAGACUGAGAUCGAGCUUGACAUUGAUGAGCUUCCCAACGAAGUUCUUGUCAUGCUUCUCAAGUUCGUCAAGAAGAACGCUCCCCAUGUCAUGGAAGAAGAUGAGGAGGUUAUUCCACACGCUCCGAUCCCGAGUGCCGCGCCUCCGAAGCCAAAGAAGAAUAAACCAAUGAGCAAAUACGAACAGGAAGCUCAGAUCAACAUGCUUGAGAGCAAUCUUUCCCGCUUCCAAGGUGGUGGGGUUCGGUCUCCAGAGCCAAUUCAGUCGGUCGAAGCAAACGUUGAGAGCAGCGACGAAGACGACGAUUCUGAGGAGAGUGAGGAAGAGUAAACGCAGCAUCUGCCAGCAUCAUUGCUUCUUCUCUCAAUAUUAAUAUUUCGGAUGAAUCUUUCUUCGGAUCGUGCCUUUCGUCAAACCUCCUCGUCCAUGGCUUCCUGACUGUGUCUGGGGGGCAAUCAGCUCUAAUCAAUCAACAUAAUUUCUGGCACUAGCUUCAGGCCUCGCUCGGUCGGCAGCGCACUCGGGACAACCUCAUGGU